UAUUACCCAUACUGUGCCGAAGACAUUUUGAAAUCCCGAGGCUCCUUUUCCCCAUCCUGGAGCCAAUUAUAAAGAUUGCUGCAGGCCUGACCCACCCUGACCAGACAGUAUAAACUCAGUUCAGAUGCCCUGGAGAAAUCAGUCAGAGGUUCCAGGUGCCCGGGAUCUGCAGGGUGAGAGAAGAAGUGAGCUAGAGGACCAGUUGCAGAGGCUGGCUGAUCACCGAGUCACUUCAAGUCCUGCUGAAUCAGAACCAUCAGCCCAGGAAGCACUGCUGAGUGAGCCUCCAGUGAGGACCAUCUCCCCUGAUUGCAAGAAUGUGCUCCCUCCCCAUGGCAAGAUACUACAUAGUCAAGGGUGCAGAUCAGAGGGCCCUAUACGUGAGAGAUGGCCAGCUCCUGGUGGGAGACCCCGAGGCGGACAGCUGCAGUGCAGGGGCCCAGGGAGGCAGUCGCUGCCUGGCGUGUGUGGAGACAGGAGAGGGGCCUUCCCUGCAGCUGGAGCUUCUAGGGCUGCCAUCUCCAUCCGCAGGCUUGCCUGCAGCUGCUGCCUUGCCCCUCAGGAUGUGAACAUUGAGGACCUGUACAAGGGUGGCGAGCAGACUACACGCUUCACCUUCUUCCAGAGGAGCUGGGGCUCGGCCUUCAGGCUCGAGGCUGCUGCCUGGCCUGGCUGGUUUCUCUGUGGCCCAGCUGAGCCCCAGCAGCUGGUACGACUCGCCAAGGAGAGUGAGCCCUCGGCCCACAUGGAGUUCUACUUUGAACAGAGUCUAUAGAGGAGGCGGGAAGCUGGGUUCCAGGCUGGUGGCCCCAAGCCAAGCUCAACCUGCUCAGGGCUAUGGCAGGUAGAAGAAUGGCCCCCAAAGAUGCCCACACCCCAACCCCCAGAAUCUUUUAUUCUUCAAGGAAGGCAAAAGGGACUUUGCAAAUGUGAUUAAGCUAAGAAUCUUGGGGUGGGGGAACCAUCCUGGAUUAUCUCAGUGGGCCCAGCUAACCGUUGGGGUCCCCAUAAGAGUUGAGAUACUGGAAGACUCCGUGCUGCUAAUUCUGAAGGUGGAAGAAGGGGGCUACAGCCAACAAACACAAGGAGUGUCUAGAAACUGGAAAAGGCUGGGGAAUAGAUUCUCCUCUGGAUGGUCGAGGAGAAACACAGGCCUGCUGACACCUUGAUUUCAGUCCAGUGAAAACCCAAGUCAGACAUCUGACCCCUGGAACUCAGGACAAUAAAUGUUUUAUUGUUUCAA